AUGGAGCGGGCCGGGGCGCGGUGGCUGCGCGGCGGCCGCCCGCCGGGGCUCCGGCUCGCGCUCGGGCUGGCGCUGCUGCUGGCGCGGCCGCCGUCGGGCCGCACGGGCGCCCCCGAGGCGCAGGAGCCCGCGGCGCCCGGCACGGCGGCCCCGGCGGGGGGCGACCGCUGCCGCGGCUACUACGACGUGAUGGGCCAGUGGGACCCGCCCUUCAACUGCAGCUCGGGCGCCUAUAGCUUCUGCUGCGGCACGUGCGGCUACCGCUUCUGCUGCCACGACGGGCCGCGGCGCCUCGACCAGAGCCGCUGCUCCAACUACGACACGCCGGCUUGGGUGCAGACGGGCCGGCCACCCGCGCGCGCCCGCGACGCCGCCGCGCCCCGGGACCCGGGCCGCGAGCGCAGCCACACGGCCGUCUACGCGGUGUGCGGCGUCGCUGCGCUGCUCGUGCUGGCCGGCAUCGGGGCGCGCCUGGGCCUGGAGAGGGCGCACAGCCCGCGCGCGCGGCGCACCGUCACCAGGACACUGACAGAACUUCUGAAGCAGCCGGAUCCCCAGGAGCCGCUGCCUCCACCUCUGGGCCCACCGCUGGGCAGCUGUGUCCAGGUGCAGGUGGGGGACGGCCUCCCCCGGGGCUCCCCCAACAACACAGCCGACAAGAAACGCCCCAACAACGCACCCCUGGGGUCAGCGACACCAGGCCCCCUGCGUGGUCCCAGGCUGCAGGGCGGUGGCAGCAUGACGCUGCAGCCGGACUACGCCAAGUACGCCACCCUCAAGGCAGCCACCCUCAAAGCAGCCGCGCUCAAGGCCGCAGAAGCCACGCCGCAGGACUUCUACCAGCGUUUUCCCGCUCCCGAACCCGCUCCGCUGACCCUCCCGGCGCGGCCCCAGCGGCCCCGCGAGGACUUGCCGGCGCUGCUCAACGCCUGCCCCUGGGCCCCGCCGGGCUACGCGGCCCCCGCCGGCCUUGCUCCAUCGGGCCACUACAAGGCCUGGAUCGCCGGCCGCCAGGCCCGGCCCGCCCCCCGCGGCCACCUGGCGGCUCAGGCUUCCCCCGCACCCCGGCGGCCUGGCCACGCGCCCCGGCGCCAGUUCAGCGUGGAGAAGCUGCCCGAGACCUUCGGCCCGCAGCCCCCUGGCCUUUACGGCAGCGCGGGCCGCGGGCCCCGGCACCUGAGCACCAACAGCAAAGCCGAGGUCACCGUGUGAAGACUGGGCCGCUGGUUCUCCCGAAUCAACGCAGCCUCCGGGAGGGGCGCCUCGUCCGCCUGGGGGACGCCAUGGGCCGGUUCCCAGCGCCCACGCCGCGGGAAGAGAGGCGCCGGCCGUGGAAGGCCAGCCCCGCCCUUAUGCCUUCCCCAAGCUGGACUCGGGCUUUGGAGCCUGCAGGGCUAAGAAGGGGCCCACUGGGGAAGGCCAGUGGUUCUGUCCUCGGGGCCUUGGGGCCAGGGUUCCUCAUGUAAAUAUAAAGCUUUUUCUGUGGCUCCCGUCCCUGAGAAUAAAGGAGCCCCAUCUUGG